UUAUUCCCUGACCUUCAAAUAUUACGGAGGAAGCGAGAAUGUAUCAUUAGAAUAUCAAUAAACAUUACUCCCAAUCUCAAAAUAUUACAAAAGGCGAGAGUCAUACCACCGGAAUAAGUAUUACUCCGUAUUUUAAACGGAGUAAUACCACCGAGUGUAGAUUGUAUGUUCUUCUAGCAAGUUAAAAACUUGAGCGCCACUGAGAUGUUGCUUAAGCUCACUAGCUCCAACUUGUACAACACUAUAAUCUCUCUGAUAUAUCAUCAUCAAAUAUCUAAAAGCACUUCCUCAAUCUCACCAGUUGAUAUCAAAAAAAUCCAUUCUUUCCUCAUUACAAUUGGUCACCCCCAAGACUCAUUCAUUUUCGAAAAAUUACUGCUUCAUUCACUUCCUUCUUUGUUAAACUCUACUCAUCUCUCUGUUUCCUACAUUUCUUCACUGUUUAAUCACAUUCAUAACCCCAAUGUAAUUCUGUAUAAUGCAGUGAUCAAGGCUUUUUCUUCAAGUUCAAAGCCACAUUUGUCAAUUCUAUAUUUUUCAAGAAUGUGUCAAGAUGGCGUCUUUCCUAAUGAACACACCUUUCCAUUGCUUCUCAAGGCCGUUUCUCGGGCGGGUGAUGAAAACCCAUUUCUGAUAUAUGGUCAUAUUGUGAAGCUUGGGUUGGAUCAUGAUAAGUUCGUUCAGAAUUCUUUGAUCUCUGCUUUUGGUAAUUGUGGGUUUGUUGAUUCUGCACGCCAAGUGUUUGAUGGAGUGUGUGUCAGGAAUGUUGUUUCAGUGACGGCUAUGAUUGAUGGGUAUCUUAGGAAUGAGUGUGCGGAAGAAGGGUUGAGGUUGUUUGCGGAAAUGAGGUUAGUUAGUGUGAUGGUGGAUGAGAUGACAGUUGUUAGUGUACUUCGUGCAGUGGGAAUGGUGGGUGAUGUUUGGUUUGGACGGUGGGUUCAUGGGUUUUAUGUGGAAUCGGGGAGGGUUUGUUGCGAUGUUUAUGUUGGUAGUGCUCUAGUUGAUAUGUAUUCUAAAUGCGGUUAUUAUGAUGAUGCUCGAAAAGCUUUUAAAGAGAUGCCGUAUAAAAAUGUUGUUAGUUGGACGACUUUGAUAUCUGGAUGUGUUCAUUGCAAUAGGUUGAAUGAGGCACUAGAUGUGUUCAAAGAUAUGCUUGAGGAGAAUGUUAAACCUAAUCAAUCCACCUUCACAAGUGUACUUUCUGCUUGCGCUCAACUAGGGGCACUAGAUCAAGGGAAGUGGAUUCAUAAAUAUAUAGAUAAUAAUAAAUUUAAUGGGAAUAUUACAGUCUCCACAGCUUUAAUAGAUAUGUACACGAAGUGUGGUUGCAUCCAUGAGGCUUAUGCAGUUUUUGAGAAGGUGCCAGUAAAGGAUGUCUACAUUUGGACUGCGAUGAUUAAUGGAUUGGCAUUGCAUGGAAAUGCUGCAAGCGCAUUAUACCUAUUCUCGCAAAUGCGGAGCAAUGGAGUUCAGCCCACUCAGGUUACUCUAACUGGCAUUCUUAAUGCUUGUUCUCAUGGGGGCUUUGUGGACGAGGGUCGUAGAAUAUUUAAAUCAAUGAACGAGGUUUAUGGUAUAGAGCCUACCUUGGAUCACUAUGGUUGCAUGGUGGAUCUCCUAGGGCGAGCUGGAUGCCUAAAGGAAGCGCUUAAUUUGAUUGAAAAUAUGCCCAUGGAUCCCUCUCCUGUUGUGUGGGGUGCCUUAUUUGGUGCUUGUAUGACUCACAAAUCCUACGAGCUUGGUGAAAAAAUAGGGAAGCAUCUAAUUAAGCUACAACCCCGUCAUAGUGGUAGAUAUGCCCUUUUGGCGAACCUAUAUGCAGCAACUAAAAAUUGGAAAGGAGUGGCUCGGUUAAGGAAAUGCAUGAAACAGAAGGGUGUAUAUAAGAUUGCAGGAUCUAGCUGGAUUGAAAUAAAUGGUGUAAAUCAAGAAUUCAUUGCAUUCGACAAAGCAUGUAGUGAGGACAGAAGUGUACAUGAGAUUUUGGAUAAAAUUAUAAUCCAGAUGAAGUGUGCUGGUUGUCCUUCAGACACUGAAAUACUAACAUUUGACCUUCACUGAGGUAAAGGAAGUUAUAUAAAUAUAAUCUGAUACUUCCUGUAGAAAAAGAAGAUAUUCUGGACUUGUUUGCUUGACUUUUUGCCCUUUUCUCUUGCAUGCUUUUUUCUCAUUAUCAUGCUGCUAAUCAAAAUUUUGUAUAUAGAUCAUUUUGCAAGUGACACAUUGAUAUGCAUCUUGCAUUGUGAGCACUAUAACAUACAAGAUAAUUAAUGUUUGAAAAUCAUUAGGAUCUAAGUAU